AAAUCAAAUGUUUUCUGUUUUCACAGGUUAAAGCUGUUAAUUAAUCAGGAAAAGGUAUACCAAGAACGAAAAGACCAAGAAAACAACAAAAAGAUAGAAAGUCUAAAGGAAGAGCUGACUAAACUCAAGUCUUUCACGUUGAUGGUUGUGGAUGAACAGCAGCAUCUCACUGAACAGCUUAAUCAGAAAUCAGUCAAGGUUCAAGAUCUCAGGACCGGAUUCUCUCAAGCUCAGGAUAAGCUGAGCUCGGCUAAUGCUCGUCUGCAGGAAGAGGAGCAGAAGGUCUUUCGCUUAGAGGCUGAGCUGCUUGAGCAGGCAAGUCGACACCAUCAAGAUCAGGAAGCCAUGACUGCCAAACUGACCAGCGAGGAUGCCCAAAACAGGCAUCUGCGCCAGAAGUUGUCGGCACUCAGCCGGCAGCUGGAUGAGCUGGGGGAGACCAAUAAGACCCUGAGAAGGGCCGAGGAGGAACUGCAGGAGCUGAGGGACAAAAUUAGCCGAGGCGAGUGUGGAAACUCAAGCCUCAUGUCAGAGCUUGAAGAGUUACAAAAAAGAGUGCUUGAGAUGGAGGGGAAGGAUGAAGAGCUGAUCAGGAUGGAGGACCAGUGCAGAGACCUCAAUAAGAAACUGGAGAAAGAGACCAAACAGAGCUGGUGCUUGAAAGCCGAAGUUGAUCAACUGAACCACAGAAUUACAGACUUGGAAAAACUGGAGGAUGCUUUCAGUAAAAGCAAACAAGAAUGCAUCUCACUCAAAAGUAACUUGGAGAAGGAGAGGACAGUGUCAAAGGUUCUGAACAGUGAGUUGGAAGCUUUGAAAGUCAGAGUCAAAGAACUGGAGGCCGCUGAAGGCAAGGUGGUCAAGACAGAGCAGACACUGAAGGAAGAUUUGACCAAGUUAAAGACUCUGACGGUUAUGCUGGUGGAUGAGAGGAAAGCAAUGGCCGAUAAGCUGAAACAGAUGGAGAACAAGGUACAAAACAGCACAGGCAAGCUUCAGGCUGAGCAGAACAAAGUUACAUCAGUCACAGAGAAGCUGAUAGAGGAGAGCAAGAAGGCAUUGAGGUCAAAGGCAGAGCUGGAGGAGAAAAUGUGCUUUGCAACAAAGGAGAGGGAUGACUUGAAGGCCAAGCUAAGAACUGAGGAAGAGAGGAAUAAAGAUCUGGAAUCUAAAGUCAAUAUGAUGAAGAAACGGCUGCAGUCACUUGAGACAAUUGAGAGGGAAUACCUGAGAAGCAAAGCGAAAGAAGAGCAACUCAAGACACCUCUGGCAAAUCGUUUCCAGCAAGAAGACAACAAAGUCAAAGAUUUGACGCAGGAGGUUGAACAUCUAAGACGUAAACUAAAGGAUAUGAAAGUGACAGAGGAAGACUCAUUAAAAACACCAGAGUAUGAAACACUGGAGAAAAGGUUUGUCAAUGAACAAGAAAGAGCCAAAGCCUUGAUGGAGGAACUGGAAGUAUCCAGAAAAGAGCUUACAAUGUACCAACUGAAUGAAAAGAAGGAGUGUAACCAAGAGCAUGUCCUUUAUAAACGCUUGAAGGAAGAGGAAGCAAAGUCUAGUCAUCUGUCCAGAGAGGUGACAGCUCUGAAGGAGAAAAUUCAUGAAUACAUGGGAACAGAGGAGUCUAUCUGUCGAAUGAAAACCGACCACUCCACUCUGCAGAGAAAACUGACCCAGCAGGAGGUGAGAAACAAAGAACUGGCCCGAGAAAUGGAGACGCUAACUCGAGAGCUGGAGAGAUACCGACGCUUCAGCAAAAGUCUUCGCCCAGGCAUGAAUGGAAGGCGGUUUUCAGACCUUCAUGUGUUGACCAAGGAGGUUCAGACCGAGCCGCUUGACCUCAUGUCUCCUAACAGCAAGACUAUGGUACAGCUAGAAAGAGCGGUGGUCAACGGGAAGCUGUAUGACGAAAGCGAGACUGAUGAUGGCGCAAAUUACAGCAAUGAACUACAGCUCACCAAAUAUACCCCUUCACUUAUGAACAAUGUCAACAAUCUAAACAACAACCUGAGGCGAGCAAGAGGCCCAUUCCUCAAAACCAAAGACGUCCAUCAGGUGAACGGCAAAAUGCAACCACAGCAUAACGGCAACCACAUCCAGACUGGAGAUGUGAUGUUGACCCACUGUCCUGGGCAGCCACUGCAUAUAAAAGUCACUCCUGACCACGGACACAACAUGGCAACACUAGAGAUAACCAGUCCCAACACAGAAACCCCUCAGUCAUUCACCAGCACCGCCGUCAUACCCACAAGUGGAGGACCCCCGAAGCAGAGAAUUACAAUCAUUCAGAAUGCCUCAAUUUCCCCUACUACAAAAUCCAUUUCUCCGACAACUAAAUCUAAGUGUUCCUCCAUUUCAGAUGAACCGUGCACCCCAGAUAGGGCCCUAUCACCUUUCACUAUGACUACUUACUCCAGAGCCAUGACCCCAGACUCAUGUGGUUCUGUAACACCAGACCGAGCUAUGUCGCCAAUACAAAUUGUAUCAGUGACAACAGGAGCGCAGGAUCACUCCCUUUCCGCAGAGCCUGUGGAAGUCAUUGGUGGGCACGCCGUCUUCCGUGUCACCCCGGAAAGGCAAAGCAGCUGGCAGGUGCAGAGGUCCAACAGCUCGGGGUCAAACGUCGUCACCACGGAGGAUAACAAAAUCCACAUUCACUUAGGAAAUCCGUUCAUUCAAGCUGUCAGCACCCCUUCACAAGUACCUGGACUCCAGGAGCAAAGGACUCAGAUUAUUGCAAACUGCAGCACUCCCGCUGCCAAAGGCAUCAGUAAAAUCACAAGUAGCAUCAUGAUUAAGCCCACAUCUACCCCAAUCCAAAGACCGUCACAGAUUACAAUACCUCUCGAAGCAUUCCGACGUCCAGGACCGACCCGGAUCCCCAAACCAAAGGGUUUCGGCUCCCAGAAAAGCGCCAACAACCCGGCGAUAAACCAGGGGCCGCUGCCAGCUGCCGGAAUCGGGAGAGAGUCAGCCUCACGCAUGAAGAACAGCCCAAACCUGCUGAACCGGAGACUGUGACGGCACUGACCUAUGUAGCUGUCGUGCUGAAUUAAGUGUUCAAUUUCACCAAAUUUUCAUCGUUUCAUCGCUCUAACAGUGGCUACAUGCAGCUGUUUACUGUCUGUGCUCUAUUCUAUUAGCUCGACCAGUAACACACUAACUACUGAAAAUUAUGUGCUGCAACCGAAUUACUCAUCUGAAGAUGUCCAUGAGAACAGCAAUGACAUGAAAAUAUUAGAUUAAAAGGCGUGAUAUAUGGUUGUGUUAAAUAAAAGAUUUUAUGUAUAUUUUUAUGUGUAUUUAUAUUUGUCUUUCUUGUGAGAUGCAGACACAGAAAGAGUGGCAAUAAUGUACAGAACUGAUGAGUUUUAAUGCAGCUAUUUCAUUAAAAUAUGACGUGUGUUAUUUUUCAUUACAAUAAAAGCCUUUUAUACUUUGA